AUGGACGAAGCUCAUGUCAAAUUGCCCGAUGGACACCUCGUGAAUCUCUCACCGCGACCUGUACGCCCGAGUGCUUACAAAGCGUACCGAGUCGAGUACAAGCCCUCAUCAGCAGAGCUCUCGGCGACACCACCUCGACAGCGGCAAGAAAAGAGAUCAACAGAAUAUGCCAUCGGAGGAGGUUCACCGGGCAAUACCUCUCAACUGCCAAAAGCUACCAAGCUGCCGAUCCCGAGGAGUGUUCCUGAAAGUCGUAACGAUGGUUCGAAUCAAACACCUAGUCCCACUGCACUUCCCGGACUGAUCCCAUCAAGCCGUUCCUCGGGACGGCUUGGUGACCAGUCUGGGGCCGUGGACAAAACUCACGAUCAAUAUUGGAGGAAAAUCAAGGAUAAAUUGGAAGAUUCGCCAUUGUCAAAACGACGUAUCAAGAGCAAGGAUAGCGACAAGAGCCAAUCUCCUAACUCGCCUAUCUCCUACCACCGCAGCAGGGUUCCUACCAGCACCAUCCAAGAUCAGACAAGCUACCGGGCAGGCAGUGCACCAUCAAGCAUCCCGAGUCCGCGCACCAUCAACGGCAGUCCCGCGUUGGGGUCGAGGAAUGAUACUCCCACAACCCUUCCUGUGGACAGCCAAAACAAAUGGCAGAAGAAAAACGACCAAUGGGUCCUCAUGGAUGUACCCGCAACCACACCCCAGAAAUCAGCGACAACAGACGAGACGACUGAUUCCAGCCCUCGAUCCCAUCCUUCCGUCUCGCCAGUAUCUGCCGAGAACAGUUCCAUCACCGACUGGGAAGAUCGAUUCGUUGUGAAUAUGCCAACUGCAAAAGAUCCCAAUCCGCCAACGAUGACGGCUCAACAGAUUGCUGAGUAUCAGAAAAGCAUUGAACAGGUACACCGGGAUGGUGGGCAAAUGGUAGACCCGAGCACAGUGCCUAGUCGUAACGUGUCUCCCGAGAUCAGAUUCAACCCCAGCGAACAGAGAAUUCAGAGCCCAAGGGGGAUCAUCACAUACGACGGGGCAUACGAGAAGAACGAGAAGGGCCAAGCGCCGAGCUUGUCGCAAGAGGAACAUCACCCAUCGCCGCCGCCUUCGCAAAAUGCUCACCUGGAGAAACAAUCAAAGCCUCAGCCCCAGAAGCUCCAGCCAACACCUGCGUCGCAACGUCAACCAGGGAGCCACUACUACAGCCCAGAUGAAAUAGGGUACAAUAGGAUUAGCACAAUUUGGGAGGAAUCGCCCACAAAACCCAAGGAGAAGCGAGACCCGCAAAACGCGGACGGAUCUUUUUUAGGGUGCAGAGAAAUAUCUGGGGAGAAGAAUCCAGACGAAAUCCUCAGGUUCACUUCCCCAGACGAUACCAGUCUGCAUCCACCCCCAUUGGCCCUGGGUUCCAAGAACAAGCGAAAGACGGCGAAGGAAGUGAGGAAAGCAGCAGACCGAAAAACCACCCACACACUCGGGGAGACGGUAGUCCUUCAAAAAGAGCGAUCACAAAUUUCUCAGAAUUCGAGCCCUGCCCAAUGCUCGAAGUCGUCAGCCAUAUACCAGGAUCCGAGUUACCCCCAGAACGCAUCCCCAAUUCCGCGGACGAGGUCCCAAGACUCGAGCAAGGAGAAUUACCAUCCUACCAGCAAUACACCCGAGCGGUCCAACAGUCUGGAAGAAAAUCGGGGGGACGACGAUGUGUUCAUUAUCACACCCACUAUCACGCGUACUAUGAUUCCCACGUCCGACAAGAAAGCGUCUUCGCCAAAGCCGCAAGGGUUGCGUCGUCCUGGUGGCACAAAUCACACAGUUACCGCCGAGGCUACCAAAGCCGUUCGGGCAAGGGCUCAGAUGAUUUCCACACCAUCGGGGUUACGGCCCGGGGGACCCAACACGAAUAUCAAGCCAACAGAGCGUGCAUUGACAACUUCCCAAACGUUGCCACUCACCAGCAUCUCCACCACGCUGAAAGACGAAGACGACGAGGGUCCAACCAAAGAUCAUGCGAAAGAUCACACUCCAGAACGAGCAGCAGGUCCAACAUCGAAUACUAUCCGUGGCUUCAUCCGUACCUCCGGGCUGGCAAAACCUUCAGGGCUGGCCAGAUCACCUACAGAUAGCAUUGCUACGAUCUUGCGCAACAGGACCGAGUCUCUCCGUGCACGCGCGGAAUCUCUGCGGAAUGGUUCAGGAUCAGUCCAACGUGCAAACCAGAAGCGAUCGCCAAGUCCUCAAACAACUCUUCCGUCCAGGGACAAUUCCGAAUCAUCACGAUCGGAACAGUCGUUUCGGUCCGCCGGAGAAACCACACCUAUCACAACAAAUAGACCUGCCUCGCCGCCAAAAAUGGCCACGACGGAAAAGAAACCAGACGAAAACAAACAACCUUCCCCACAGCCACCACCUGCACCCGCACCAACAAAACUAGUAACGAAAAAGGUGACCUUAUCAGAGGAACGUCCUUCGCCGAUAAAACCCGACAAGCCCCCUACAUCAACUAGAAAGAUUUCCGUACUAGCAAAGCCGUCCAAGUUGAGCCAAACUUCCAAGUUGAAGGAGACCUCCAAGUUGGAUGAAACCUCUGGUUCUAUAAAAUCAGCUGUGGCAACGAAGUCUGAUACUCCGCCAAAAAAGGAAGCACACGUGAAGCCCCUACCUCGUCUACGUACCUCUGGUAAAGUUUUGGAAAUCGCCGAGCUCGAUGGGCUUCAGGUUGCAAGCCCCAAGGAGUCUCUUCAAUCCAACAUCACAGACGUCAAUGCCGAUCUAUGUGACAUGCACUCCAAUGACAAGAAUUAUUCCGAUGCCCAGGGACUCAAUCCCUUGGCCCUUUCACUUCUUUUCAAUAUUCUUGUUGUUGCCGUCACCCAAGUGAACAAAGCUCUCCGGAUGGGUACCGACAGCACUUGCGCUAAAUUUGUGGCCAGUAACACCCUGAGUAUGGCCAGUCACUGUUGGCGUGUUUCCGAAUCCAUCUACACCAUGAUAUCUCACUACCAAGCCACAGGUGCCUGGCCCAAGCCUCGCAGUGACCAGUCCGCCAGCCAGUUCAUGGUGGAGCUUCUUCAAGCCAUUGUGUAUCUCCUGAUUCUUGGGUUCGCAGCCAUGCUGAUAACACGUACUGUUGGCUAUAUCGUUCUCGUGAGCAGUUGGAUUGUAUGGUUUGCCAGGCCUUUUGCGUGGUUCUUCCAAUGCGUUGGCCGUGCCCUGGUGAUGUAA